AUGGCUCGAAUCGACCAGUCAGUCGCCAAAGGAUACCCGCCAGAAUGCGCUGCUAUCAAAGCACUCUUCCACCAGCAGUCGUACCGACAAUGCAUUCAAGCUUGCCGCGGUCUCCUCAAGGUUAAUGGCCUCGAUCUGGACCAGCGCCCGCUUCACAAGUCGUUCGUGCUCUUCUACCUUGCGCUCUCUCACGAUGAGAUGGCGCGGGGGAUGCACCACGCCUCGGUCUCUAAGGUUCCCUCCUUUGAUUCCGCAGAGCAAUUCUACCUCGAUGCUCUUGCCGCGCUGCCCACCAAAGAAGAAUGCCGCACAUUUUGGGAGAUGCGCAUGCGAUGCGCGCAGGAACAGGCUCUUUUGGAGGAGGACAGCCAGAGCGACUUUGGCACCGCGUCAAGCCUGGCUGAAGAGGACACUUUCGAUGAUCGAGAUGUGCGGACGACCGCAGCGCCACACUUUGCUUUCUUUUCCCGACCCAAGCCUCGCCAGGAGAGUUUGCGGUUUCGAACGCCAACAGCCUCACCACAAUUAUCCGCUGCCGAUAACGAUGACUUGGAGAGCCACGAAAGCUUCUCACAGCUCAUGACGCCCAGUCGCCUGUCCCGGCGCGACUCGCUCAACAUGCCAGCCCCCGACACAUUGAUAACUUGGAAGAAGCCUUACACGAUGCCGCGCGACUACUCUCGCAUGUCUUUGGUCGAACCAAAAACGCCACCGAUCGCACAGGGACUCCCACGCGAGUCCUCGCGAAUGUCACUCGUCGACUUUGAUCGGAAGCCCAGACCCGGGCAACAGACUCUCAUGCGCCCGAUUCGACUUGGCUCACCCGCAAAGCCGUAUUAUCUGCCACCGCCACAACCGCCGUCGACUGAUGUGAAGAGGCUGUCAUGCAGAAUACCCCAAAGAAUGAGCACACCACGGCCAGAAGAAGUGACACCACGACUAGAAGAGCCGACACCACGACAAGAAGAAUGGACACCACGCUGGCAUUCUCCUGAGCCCGUCUCGCCAAUCUCGCCAAUCUCUGCAUCUCCGGUCCGAAGCUCGCCAGUCUCCGUUAUUUCGGUAGACUCGUUCCCAAACCAAGCUCGAGCCGACACUCCUCUUUCCUUCGAGUCCGAGCCAGAGCCCGAGAAGCACGUCGAUGAAAGCGAAUUCCUUUGGCACGUCGAUGAGAGUGGUCCCCUUCAGCACGUCGAUGAGAGCGGACCCCUUCGGCACAUCGAUGAGAGUGGACUCCUUCGGCACAUCGAUGAGAGUGGACUCCUUCGCCUUUAUGAACACGUGGACGCCAUGCGCAUUCAGAUGAAGACCCACGUCAUACUCGUCCACCAUGCAAAACGCCAGCUGGAGCGCACUCUCGAAGCCCGAGACCAAGCUCGCGCAGGCGUUAAAAACGGACUGUCCUUGAAGACCGGUCCCGGAGCCCUCAAGACGCCUAGUCCACCCGGCUCUCGGCUGCAGAAAUCGCGGAGCUUCUGGUCGUUCGUCCCGGAAGAUGCGAAGAAGGCCGAGAUGAAGAGACGUAUACAAGCGGGUAAGGAGAGGAAGUGGGCGAGGAAGAGGUUCAGUCCUGAGCGAUAUCAGAGGUUGUGCGAGGUUGCGUUGGACGAGUUGCCGGACAGUAUUGGUGGGUGUGGAUCGCGGUGGAACGAGUCCCACGACAUCCUGGUCCGGUACAUCGUGUGA